AUGGACACGGCUCUACUGGCCGGUGUUUUUCUAUUAGCAACGACGGUGUUCCUGCCCACCCAGAGUGCAAUCGAUCCACCAUCGUGCGAUGCGUACGGUUGUGUGUCGACUUUGCGUCAGGAGGAUUGUCCCAAGGGUCAGUUCCUUAUAUCGGGCGGCUCAUUGAACGGUUGCUGUCCCGGGUGUCGCGGAGGCCGCGUGUACAUGGCCGUGUGUAACGAUAACAUUCCCGAACGUCGCUGUGCCCCUGGAUUGAAAUGUGGCGGCCGGAAGUGUAUCUACGAUCGUUCUACCUGUCUGCACACGCUGCACCUCGAUAAGGAUCUAGUCGGUUGGGUACCGAAGUGUAAUCUGGAUGGUACCUACGCAGCCAAACAGUGUCGUGGUGAUCGUCUAUCGGGACGCUGCUUCUGCUACAGUGACGAUGGAAAGCGUAUCUUCGGUUGGGAUUGGUACCGGAACACCGAACGAAUGACUUGUGCUUGCAGCCGAAGACGCGAUACGCUCGAAAGGGAUGGUCGGUUCGAUGUGACCCUACACUGCACGCAAAACGGCAACUACGAGGAGUUGCAAUGUGAUUCCGGGCUGUGCUGGUGUGCGGACGAAUUCACCGGAAGCGUACAGCUAGGGACCAUGGUUGUACAUGAAAGCCUCUGGACGCUGCUACCAUGCUAUAACAGCACGCUUCACGGUGAAACGUAUUUGCGACAGUGCGAGAGUGCCGCCUAUGCCCAGAAGAUGAUCCUCAAGAAGUUCUACACGCGCGGUACGAUCGGGGUGACGUUCAACGAGAUACGCUGCGAUUACGAUGGCGCCUACGGUCGUUACAUGGUGGAGAAUGGAGUAGUCUUCUGUACCUGGCGCGAUGGCAAGAAGAUCGGUUCGUUCCAGGUGCGCUCCAGCAUGAUGUCAGGAGUAAAUUGCUAUUGUGCUCGUGAUACGGUCAUCUUCCGCGAGGAGAGCAUACCGUUUACGCUGGCCUGCGGUGGCAAUGGGAACUACGAGUACUCGCAGGAUCAAAACGGGAAGCUGUUCUGCGUCGACGGCGAUGGGUUCGUGGUAACGACGGAGGUUGCACCGAAUGAGGCGUGCGAUAAGUUCAUCUACAAUUCCAACUUCUAUGACGAAGAAUCCUAAUUCUACAAGAGCAUUCCAGAAGCGUGUUGCAAACUGAGAACCAUCAAUCCCAUACAAAGGACCUCGCAGUGACUUACCGUC